UCGGGGAAACACAGUACAGUUAUCUAGUAGCGACACCCAAGAUUCGGCCACAUGGUGUCUUAUUGUAAACAGAGCUCGAUUGCAAAAUCUGAUCUGCAAAUGUGGUCAACAGCAAAGGUUUACAGUCACUUUGGUCAACAGGGCGUUGCCGUAUCGUGGGGAUAAUUCAGUAUUUAAAAUAUGGAAAACUGUAUUUGCGUGAACGACUUCGAAAUAUUGGCAACAAAAUUGCUUCCCAGAGGAAUUCUGGACUUUUGCAACUCCGGUGCAACAGACGAACAAUCUUUAGUGGAAAACUGCACAGCUUUCAAAUCCUGGCGAUUCCAACCUAGAGUUCUAAGAAAUGUUUCUAGUGUUGAUAUGACCAGUUCAGUGUUGGGGAGUAAAAUCAGUUUCCCAGUAUGCAUUGCUCCAUUUGGUUUGCACAAAAUGGCGUCUGAAAAGGGCGAAAUUGACUCUGCAAGAGCGACUGAAAAAAGUUGGGAGUGGUUUUGCAAUGAGCACCUGGUCGUCUUGUAGCAUGGAAGAAGUUUCUGCUGCUUCUCCCAACAGUUUACGAUGGUUCCAAUUAUACAUAAUGAAUGAUCGGAAGGUAUCUCAAAAUUUGGUUCAAAGGGCGGAGAAAAAUGGCUACAAAGCUAUUAUUGUUACUGUUGAUGGUGUGGCGCAUGGUAGACGCUAUAGAAACUUGAGAAAUAAGUUUACAUGGCCAUCCAAUUUGCCUCCAAAGAAUUUUGAUGCAGGUUUUAUGAAAGGAACAUCCGAAAUUGGUAAAGACAUUGAUUCAAGUAUGGACCAAUCAGUGACUUGGAAAGAUAUUGAUUGGCUAAGAAGUAUCACUGAUCUGCCAAUCAUAAUCAAAGGAAUAUUGACGGUGGAAAUGGCUUUGGAAGCGGUCGAACAUGGCGUUGCGGCUAUAGUUGUUUCGAAUCAUGGAGGGCGCAGACUGGAUAGUACAUUACCUGCAAUACACGCACUACCACAAAUUGCUAAAGCUGUAAACGGGAGAUGCGAAAUAUAUUUCGAUAGUGGGAUCAGAAAUGGGGGUGAUGUGGCAAAAGCUAUUGCCCUUGGUGCAAAAGCUGUAUUCGUUGGGAGGCCUAUUAUUUGGGGCCUUGCUUGUGGUGGGGAAAAGGGGGCAGAAAAAGUUUUGGAAAUUUUGAGAGAUGAAUUCGAAGUGUCGAUGAAGUUGUUGGGAGUUACUUCUAUUGCAGAAUUGCAAUCGGUUCCUGAUCUUGUGAUUCACGAGUCGAAAAUUUCAUCUCGAUUGUAAUAUUUUAGCCGUCACAAAAUGACGCCAUAAGGCUGGCAUUUAUUCAUAGUUUGAAGCAAUAUUUACCAAAGUAUUUUUAUAAAAGGUUAAUUAAUCAAAUUACAGGUCCAUAAGUCCAUGAGGUCCCUUUACAAUUUCAAUUUUGUUAUAAAGUUAGUUCUCUAUAUAUCUUGACCAGGUUUGUUGUUAAUCAGUAAUCGUUAAAGUAUUUUUAUUUCAUUUAAUACAACUGUGAGGGCCAAAACAAUAUAUGAUAUCGAUAAAUUUCCUUUGCAACUUGAAAACCUUUCGGACUUUAUGGACACCCUAUAUAUUUUCUCAAGACCGCUUUUUCAAGUUCACCCUUCACUGUCAUACUCUUUGCUUUUUUUUUAAAUUCAUAAAUUUAUUAGAAAUUAAACGUUAUUAGCAAACCUGCUUACAUUGUCCGUACUAAUUAAAAAAAAACUUCUAUCUUUUAUGCACUGAGUGCCGUACUAUUAUUGCAUGCCAUGUUUAUACUGUGAUUGCAUAAUUUUUAUUGGAGUCGACACAAGUGUAACGAGUAAUAUGCGAAUGAUGAUACAUGAAUCAUGCACUUCAUCAUAUUUAUUCAUUGCAUUCAGUCUUUCUGUUUUAAUUAUAUUGAGUUUCUGCAAACUAUGCAGAUUCAAUUGACCAUGGGCAUUUCUUGCUAAGAGCCUUGUUUCAAGACAUAAAAAAUUUGGUUAGUAUCACUAUUACAGUUAUUUAUUUGAAUUAACAUUAUUUCAACCAACACCUGUUUCGAGACUCAUCGAGAGUAACGUGUGUUGCUUUUACAUAAAUUUGUGCAAUAUCAUGAUCUUGGAGUAUCUAGUGUUUAUUCCAUGUCACACAAAGUACUUUCAUGCCUCAUUUUAAGUUUUGGCAGCUUUCUAUACUGUGUGUUUGCCUUGUGUACUUUCCAUCAUGUAUUGUAUACCAUAGUUGAGUUCAAAAUAAAGUAAUGAAACUGCUGUUAAUUUAAGAUUUUUGUUCUAAACCAGCUCAUUUUUCUGUUCAAAUGUCUGAUUGUAUUCUUGCUAUAUUUUAAACUGGUCUUGAAAAGACUCUCCAAUCCAAUCUCUUACAUAACUAUGCAUAACCUUGUUUUGCGAAACUAUUGUUUGGUGGUUAAGUAAAGCGUUUGCCAUGACUUUUUGUGAUUCAGAGUAAACAGGCCACGGUGAUAAUCAUUUAAAUAAAAAGGAACUAUCUGAAGGUUUUGUCGUCAAAAUUCUUAUUAUAAGUUAUAUAACUUAAA